CUCUCUCUCUCUCUCUCUCUCCACUCACAUAGAGUGUGGGACGUUUCAGUGAGUCCCUCCAUCCGCGGCAGCUGCGCUUCCCUUCUCCCAAACACACACACACACACACAUACACAUACACACACUCACACUCACUGCCUGUGAAAGCAAGGACGUCCUUUCUUUCCUUUACCCGGAAGCCGGAGAUGCUAGGGACUUGCAGUUGAGAAUCCCGCACUGCUAGUACACCUGAACUUCACUUGGAGGCGGAUCGUCGAGUGUCGGAGCGACCUGUAUUCACCGGACAGAUCUGGUGAAAAGGGACAACAUAAAGAAGCUUGAAGUAAAUGUAACAUCUGACUGUGAAGGAAGUAGGAAUCAAAAGCCAUCAAGAUGAAUUUUGUUAUGAAGCAAGCGUUGGGAGGGGCAACCAAAGACAUGGGCAAAAUGCUGGGAGAAAAGGAAGAGAAGGAUCCUGAUGCUGAGAAGAAGGAAGAGGAAAGACAAGAGGCUCUCCGGCAGCAAGAGGAGGAGAGGAAGGCUAAAUAUGCAAAAAUGGAGGCAGAGAGGGAAUCACUCCGACAGGGCAUCAGGGAUAAGUAUGGUAUAAAGAAGAAGGAGGAGAAGGAGGCUGAGGCUCAGGCUGCCAUGGAGCAGGCGUCUGAAGGCAGUCUCACUCGCCCAAAGAAAGCCGUGCCUGCCGGCUGCGGUGAUGAUGAGGAUGAAGAAGAAAGUAUUGUGGACACAGUCAUGAAGUUCCUCCCAGGUCCUCUUUUAGACAUGUUCAAUAAGAAGUAACACAGUCAAGAAUGUGUUGUUAUUAAACCUGUCAUAAAUUUCAUAACAUCCAUCCCCACACCCCCUUAUUCCCUACUC